AAAAAAACUGAGACGGAGCCAGAGAGGAAGAAAGCUGACCUUGGAGUACUGCUGGCUGUCUAUGCCCUGUGGGUUUGAGCAGAAAGUAUUUCAUGGCUGCACUGUGGACUGAGGGGGCAGACCAGAAGCCUUUCAAAUUUGGGAAGGGCAAACAGGCUUUAAGGAGGGAUAGCACAUAGAAGAAAAAAUAUGAAGCAGUAGCUGUGAAGCCUGAGCAAUGGAACCUGGAAGCCCCAACCCAACGCAGUUUAACUCAGCCUCACCAAACCUGAUUCCAGACUCAUGGCACCUGAACUUGCUACAGCUCUCUGAUCCCAGAAUCCUCUUCAAUUCCAGCUAGAAUGCUGUGUCUGGCACUUCGCAGAUUUGGUCAAAAACUGGUACGCAGACAUAUGCUGGAGGAAUAUGCGGCCGAUAUGGGCCCUGACAGAAGACUGACCACCCUAGAUUUAGUGGCCCUGGGUGUGAGCUGCACAGUGGGUGUAGGUAUAUAUAUCCUGGCUGGUGAGGUGGCUAGAGAUAAAGCAGGACCAUCCAUCGUGAUCUGCUUGUUGGUGGCCGGCCUAUCUUCUGUGUUGUCUGGGCUGUGCUAUGCAGAGUUUGGUGUCCAGGUUUCCUAUUCUGGCUCUUCAUAUCUCUACAGCUAUGUCACUCUAGGUGAACUCUGGGCUUUCAUCACUGGCUGGAACCUCAUCAUCUUCUUUGUUGCUCAUACAGCCACUGUGGCCCGGGCUUGGACCUUAGCUUUCGACAAUCUGCUUGGGAACCAGAUAUCUCAGACCCUGCAUGAGAGCAUCUCACCAAAUGUUCCCCAGGUCCUUGGAGAAAUUCUAGGAUUCAUUGUUGUGGGCCUUGUGUUGUUGCUCAUGGAAUUGUUGAUUCUGAGGAGUAGUUGGAUUUUCCUGGUUUCCAAAGUGGUCAUAUUGGUGAAACUUUUGACCCUCAGUUUUGUCAUCAUUGCUGGCUUCAUUAAGGGGGACCUGCACAACUGGAAGCUCACAGAAGAGGACUAUGUAAAGGCUGGACUCAAUGACACCUCAAGCUUAGGCCCUCUGGGCUAUGGAGGAUUUGUGCCUUUUGGCUUCAAGGGGAUUCUCCGUGGAGCAGCUACCUGUUUCUAUGCAUUUAUAGGUUUCACUAUUAUUGUUACCAGAGUAGAAGAAGCCCGAAAUCCCCAGUAUUCUGUCCCCAUGGGCAUUGUUAUUUCACUGUUUAUCUGCUUUUUGAUGUAUUUUGGUGUCUCUUCAGCACUUACACUUAUGGUGCCUUACUACCAGCUCCAACCUGGGAGCACCUUGCCUGAGGCAUUUCUCCAUGUUGGCUGGGCCCAUGCCUGCUAUGUUGUAACUUUUGGAUUCCUCUGUAGUCUUUCCAUCAGCAUCUUUGGCUUUAUGUUCCCCAUACGUAAUCUGAUAUACAUGAUGACACAGGAUGGGCUCCUGUUCCCUGUCCUUGCCAGGAUCCAAACUGGCACAGACACCCCCAUCGUGGCCACUGUGAUCUUGAGCAUUAUUGCAGCCAUCAUGGCCUUCUUCUUUAGACUCACUGAUCUUGUGGACCUCAUGUCAGUUGGGGCCCUGCUAGCUUACUCUUUGCUGGCUACUUGUGUUCUCAUCAUCAGGUAUCAGCCUCAGAGGAGGACUGGAGGAAAUGAAGCAGAGGUGCAGGAGGAGAAUGGACCUGCAGCAGAGAAGCUGACUCUACAGGAACUACUUUUUCCAGGCAGCUCCACCCCCACUCCACUCUCUGGCCAGGUUGUCUAUGUUUGCUCCUCACUGCUUGUUCUGCUGCUCACUCUUCUUUGCCUGGUGCUGGCCCAGUGGCCAGUUCUGCUUUCUGGAGACCCACUGUGGAUUUCAGUGGUUGUGGUGCUCCUGGUGCUCAUCAUUGGGAUCACUGGGGUCAUCUGGAGACAGCCACAGAGCUCCAGUCACCUUCACUUUAAGGUCCCUGCUCUGCCUCUCCUCCCACUACUGAGCGUCUUUGUGAAUGUUUGCCUUAUGAUGCAGAUGACAGCUGACACCUGGGCCCUGUUUGGUGUCUGGAUGCUGAUUGGGUUUGCUAUCUACUUCAGCUAUGGGAUCCAGCACAGCCUGGUCAAUUAAUCCCACUUCAAUUAAGGUCAGAAGUGUACACCUUGAAGUCAUUAGUGCCAGUACAGAUUUGGCUUGGCAUCAUCACACGUGAGUGCAGUCAGGUCCCCCUGCAUAAUAUGGAGAGUACUCUUGAGCACAUGGAAAGCUGGGCCUCAUGGCCCAUGAGCACAUGGAACGGUGGUAGGGGAAAGAGCUCUGUGUGUAUUGUGUAGUGAAGAAUGUGUCUUCUCCUCCUAUUUUUUUCUUUUUUUUUACUUGUGUACUUUUCAAUUGUGUCUGUACUGCAUACUGACUUUAAACAAGUUAUUAUUAAAAGAAACUAGAAAAAAUGUUUUUGUUUUCUUUGGGUAAAUAUCCAAUAGCAGAAA